GUUGAGAUCUGGCUGAAUCAUGUGCUAGACAGCAUGAGGGCUACCAUGAGAGACGAGAUGACGGAAGCUGUCAUGGCUUAUGAGGAGAAGCCGAGGGAACAGUGGCUCUUUGACUACCCUGCCCAGGUGGCUCUUUCCUGCACCCAGAUCUGGUGGACAACUGAGGUUGGGAUUGCCUUCGCCAGGGUGGAGGAAGGCUAUGAGAAUGCAAUGAAGGAAUACCACAAGAAGCAAGUGACCCAGCUGAACACCCUCGUUACCAUGCUGAUUGGGCAGCUCUCCAAGGGUGACAGGCAGAAAAUCAUGACCAUAUGCACCAUUGAUGUGCAUGCUCGGGAUGUGGUGGCAAAGAUGAUAGCACAGAAGGUGGACAACGCCCAGGCAUUCAUUUGGCUGUCACAGCUCCGGCACAGAUGGUCAGAAGAGGAGCGGCACUGCUUUGCCAACAUCUGCGAUGCUCAGUUCCUGUACUCCUACGAAUACCUUGGCAAUACCCCUCGGCUUGUGAUCACUCCACUGACCGACAGAUGUUACAUCACCCUGACCCAGUCGCUGCACCUGAUGAUGAGUGGAGCACCUGCAGGCCCGGCAGGCACUGGCAAGACAGAGACUACGAAAGAUUUGGGGCGAGCCCUGGGCAUCAUGGUGUACGUGUUUAACUGCUCUGAGCAGAUGGACUACAAGUCUUGUGGGAAUAUUUACAAAGGCCUUUCCCAGACAGGAGCCUGGGGCUGUUUUGAUGAAUUUAACAGGAUCUCAGUUGAGGUCCUUUCUGUGGUUGCUGUACAGGUUAAGAGUGUGCAGGAUGCAAUACGGGAGAAGAAGAAAUCCUUCAAUUUUCUUGGAGAAGACAUUAACUUAGUACCCUCAGUAGGCAUUUUUAUCACCAUGAACCCUGGUUACGCAGGACGAACUGAGCUACCUGAGAAUUUAAAAGCUCUCUUCAGGCCAUGCGCGAUGGUUGUGCCAGACUUUGAGCUGAUCUGUGAAAUUAUGUUGGUGGCCGAGGGAUUCAUUGAGGCCCGGGCGUUAGCCAGGAAGUUCAUUACUCUCUACCAACUCUGCAAAGAGCUCCUGUCCAAGCAGGAUCACUAUGACUGGGGCUUGCGUGCCAUCAAGUCAGUGCUAGUUGUUGCUGGCUCCCUCAAGAGAGAUGACCCAGAGCGACCCGAAGACCAGGUUCUGAUGCGUUCUCUUCGCGACUUCAACAUCCCCAAGAUUGUGACUGAUGAUGUGCCAGUGUUUAUGGGGCUGAUUGGGGAUCUUUUCCCUGCGCUGGAUGUGCCUCGGAAGCGUGACCUGAAUUUUGAGUCAUUUGUGAGGCAGGCUGUUCUGGACCUCCGUCUGCAAGCUGAGGACAACUUUGUGCUCAAAGUGGUGCAGCUGGAGGAGCUGCUGACAGUCCGGCACUCUGUCUUUGUGGUGGGUAACGCAGGCACAGGCAAGUCUCAGGUGAUGAGAUCCUUGAACAAGACUUACCAGAUAAUGAAACGACGACCUGUCUGGACAGACCUCAACCCCAAGGCAGUCACCAACGACGAGCUUUUUGGCAUCAUUAACCCAGCAACAAGAGAAUGGAAAGAUGGACUGUUUUCAUCAAUCAUGCGAGAACUCUCCAACAUCACACAUGAUGGUCCCAAGUGGAUGGUACUAGAUGGAGAUAUUGAUCCAAUGUGGAUUGAGUCUCUUAAUACUGUGAUGGAUGAUAAUAAGGUGCUGACCCUGGCAAGCAAUGAGAGAAUCCCCCUGAACCCAACGAUGCGGCUGGUCUUUGAGAUCAGCCACCUGCACACAGCUACCCCAGCGACCGUGUCCAGAGCAGGGAUCCUGUACAUCAACCCAUCAGAUCUGGGCUGGAAUCCCCCGGUGAGCAGCUGGAUCGACAGACGAGAGAUCCAGUCUGAAAGAGCCAACCUGACCAUUUUGUUUGAUAAGUACCUGCCAAUUUGCCUGGACACACUCAGAACAAGAUUUAAGAAAAUUAUUCCCGUUCCUGAGCAGAGUAUGGUUCAGAUGCUGUGCUAUCUCCUUGAAUGCCUCCUGACGGAGGAGAACACACCUUCUGACUGUCCCAAGGAGCUUUAUGAACUUUACUUUGUCUUUGCUGCUGUCUGGGCCUUUGGUGGAUCAAUGUUUCAAGACCAGCUUGUGGACUACAGAGUGGAGUUCAGCAAGUGGUGGGUGGCAGAAUUCAAGACUAUCAAGUUUCCUUCUCAGGGCACAGUCUUUGACUUUUACAUUGAUCCAGAAACGAAAAAGUUUGAGCCUUGGUCUAAACUUAUUCCCCAGUUUGAAUUUGAUCCAGAAAUGCCAUUACAGGCUUGCCUGGUGCCCACCACUGAGACGGUCCGUGUGCGGUACUUCAUGAACAGGCUCCUGGAGCGCCAGCGCCCGGUGAUGCUGGUGGGCAAUGCCGGCACGGGGAAGUCUGUGCUGGUGGGGGACAAGCUCUCCUCGCUGGACACGGAUGCGUAUGUGGUGAAGAAGGUCCCGUUGAACUACUACACCACCUCUGCCAUGCUGCAAG